UACAUCUUCUUGCGGCUUCAGACUGCUGGCUACCCUCCUUCAGCCCCAAGUUAGAAACCAAUCGGUGCCGGAAAAUUGUAUCGUCCUCCAAUUGUUCGGUUGGAAUUCAGUUAAAGACACCAAUUUUUUCUUUUUUUCUUGUUUUCCCGGAAAUCAGAAGCAAAGAGGAUAAGGUGGUAAAAUUGUCACUGAAAAAAAAAAAAAAAAAAAAGAAGUUGCGUUCUGCAUGUUAUAGAGAAGUUAUUUGGUGUUUGAUCGUCGAUCUGUGAAGCCCUCUCUGUGGUGAGAGGGAGAUGGAGGAAGUGGAUGACAUAAAGAAGCCGAUCUUUAGGGACAUAAGGCGCUAUUUCUGUGACUACUGUGGUAUUUGUAGGUCUAAGAAGUCGCUGAUUGCUGCUCACAUGCUCACUCAUCACAAGGAAGAAGUAGACAAGGCAAGGACUGAUGGAGAUGGGGACACAGGGGGGUUAAAAGCAUCCAAUACGUGCCCAGAAUGUGGUGUUAGCUUCAAGAAACCUGCAUAUUUGAAACAACAUAUGCAAAGUCAUUCUCUUGAGAGGCCAUAUAGAUGUUCAGUAGAAGAUUGUCAUUCCAGUUAUAGAAGAAAGGACCACUUGACUCGCCAUCUUCUUCAGCACCAAGGAAAACUUUUUAAGUGUCCAAUUGAGAACUGCAACUGUGAGUUCGCUAUCCAAGGAAACAUGAAGAGGCAUGUCAGACAACUCCAUGACGAGGAUCGGCCCCCGACCAGUGAGAAGCAGUAUGUGUGCCAGGAAAUUGGUUGUGGAAAGGUGUUCAGAUUUGCAUCAAGGCUACAAAAGCAUGAGGAUUCCCAUGUAAAGUUGGAUUCAGUUGAGGCAUUCUGCUCAGAGCCAGGCUGUAUGAAACCAUUUACUAACGAGCAAUGCCUUAAGGCCCAUCUACAAUCUUACCAUCAGCAUAUUACCUGUGAGAUAUGUGGAACCAAGCAACUGAGAAAGAACAUUAAAAGGCACCUCCGUACGCAUGAUACAAAAGAUUCAACGGAGAGAGUUAAAUGCAACUACAAGGGUUGUGAUCAUACAUUUUCAAAUAAAUCAAAUCUUCAACAACAUGUGAAGGCUGUGCAUCUUAAGAGAAAACCCUUUGCCUGUGGCUUCUCGGGUUGCAGCAUGAGAUUUUCAUACAAGCACGUGAGAGAGAAGCAUGAGAAGACUGGAGCUCAUGUUUACAUCCAUGGAGAUUUUGAAGAGACGGAUGAGCAGUUCCGUUCAAGGCCGAGAGGUGGACGGAAGAGGAAGUACCCUACUGUAGAAAUGCUGGUAAGGAAGAGGGUCACACCACCGGAUCAAUCCAAAGAGGGUGCCGAGUACCUUUCUUGGUUGGCACAAGAGAUUCAGGGCGAUGCGUGAGUAAUGGCCUGUAUAGCUAUAUACUAAUCUUAUCACUAGUAAACUAGCUUUUGAUAGUCAAAGUAGUUUGUAUAAUGUAUAGCAAUCUUCCUGUCGUGCUCGCUUUUGUUCUUCAAUGUAAUGUUGUAAAUUUUGGUUCCCAGUGGAUUAGAGAAAACAUGGAUUUAAUUAUUAAAAUAUUUUGGAAAUAUUCAAAGCAAAAAAAGGUAACAUUCUUGGAAA